AUGGUCCUCCUCAAGUCGGCCUUUUUCACCACUGCUCUGGCGGCCACUGGUGGCCUGCCCAAGAACCUGAAAGUUGAUGAUCGAUCUUCAGUACAGGCGGUAGCAGCAACUAUCGCUGCGGAGACCAUGGCUUACUAUCCCGGCACUGCAACCGCUUUUGGUGAUCUACCUGCUCCUUAUUAUUGGUGGGAGACUGGUGCCUUGUUUGGUGCCAUGUUGGACUAUUCCCACUACACCAAGGAUAAGACUUAUACCGAUAUGGUCACCACCGCCCUGUUGGCCAAUGUCGGACCUACCUUUGACUACAUGGUCCCCGCUCACUUUGGAGACGAGGGCAAUGACGAUCUUGCAUUCUGGGGUUUCGCUGUGCUGGCCGCCGCUGAGCGGAACUAUGUCCAGCCAAGCACGAAAAUCCCUUCAUGGCUGCAGCUCGGAGAGAACAUCUUCAACACCCUCAUCAACCGCUGGAAUACGACAGCGUGCGGCGGAGGCGUCGCAUGGCAAAUCUUCGCUACUAACCCCAAUGGAAUGGACUACAAGAACUCUGUCUCGAACGGCGGUCUCUUCCAAAUCGCCGCCCGGUUGGCCCGCGCCACUAACAACCAGACGUACGCCGACUGGGCCAACAAGGUCUGGGACUGGUCCGUCGCGGUCAACUUUGUCGACAAGGACCUCAACGUCUACGACGGCGCCUCAUCCGCCGACAACUGCACAAAGACCAACUACCUAGCCUUCUCGUACACGCAGGGCAUCUACCUCUACGGCGCCGCCGUCCUCGCCAACUACACCGAGGACAAGGUCUGGGCCGACCGCGCCGCGGGCCUGCUCGCUGCCGCGCAGCACGGCUACUUCUCGCCCUUCAGCAACGCCACCGACGUCAUGUGGGAGCACGCCUGCGAGGGCGUCAACACGUGCACGACCGACAUGAAGUCCUUCAAGGGCUACCUCUCGCGCUUCAUGUACGCCUCGGCCCAGAUGCAGCCCGCCCUCAAGGACAAGGUCGUGACGCUGCUGCACGCGAGCGCCGCCGCCGCCGCCAACGCCUGCACGGGCGGGACCAAGGGCACGACGUGCGGGCAGAAGUGGUACGUCGGCGGCUUCGACGGCAGCGUGGGGCUGGGCCAGCAGAUGUGCGCGCUCGAGACCAUCCAGGGCCUCCUGUUUGAGAGCGCGGCGCCUCCCCUGCGCGCCGGCCAGAUCAAGGACCUCAAGGUGCCCGAGCCCGAGCCCACGCCCACGCCGAGCGAGACGCAUGCGCCGUCGCCCACCGCGAGCAAGAAGAACGCGGCUGUCAGCACGCCUGCGGCCGACUUGAGGUGGCUGGGUCUGUCUGCCCUGGUUGGCGUUUUGAUGAUGGGUGGUUUCUUGGUGGGUUUAUAG